UUUCAGAGGCUGUGCGACUUGUUCGCAUUGUGAUUUUUUUGCUUCACACGGAAAUUAUGGAUAGAGCAAAAAUCAGGAUGAUACCAUCAUUCUGGAGCACGGCGUACAUUUUUUAGAGAGCGACCCAGCGCUGGUCUGAGCACUAAACUCGAACCAAGGAUUCAAUUUGCAAUUAAUUAAAAUAUAAUCCAAGUGGUUUAAUUACAUUGGGUGGUUGGAACUGUUUUUUCGGGGCUUCCAUUCUUUAACUUGUGUACCAUGAACUAAAUAACAUCAACAACCGUUGUGUAUCGAAUAGUCAACAGUAUUGUAGUUUGGAUUUAAUUGCGGAAAUAAGCUUGAAUACGAAGUGGUAUUAUAAUUUCAACUUGCAUGUUCUAAAAUUUAUCCAGGGAUGACGGUGGAUGGAUAGUCGAUUGGGUUUCCCUAAAAGUUCUAAGUUUUGAUUGUCUUCCUUCAUCCUUGUCCGGAUUUGCGAGAUUACAAAUACACGAUACUAAAUAACUAUAUGCCAUUCUAAAAAAAGUUAUUUUGGCAGUGAAUCUUAAUUAUUGUGGAUAUUGGACAUCGUGGAAGGACAUUUAAUACGGGGUCCCAGGAGGUUGUUGGUGUUCUCUUAUCAAUCGUUAUGAAGAUUGAGGAUACUUGAGGAAAGAUAACUUUAGCCAAUUUUAAAAGUGCUAAUGUUUUUGUGCUAAUGUGCAAAAUGUCCAUUCGAAAUAAGCUCUUCCUGGCAUGUGAAUCGUUUCUUCGAGUGCCUCCACUUUUACUAGUUGACGAAAUCUUCCGUACCAGUUUUGGGUUUGGUGGACGUCCAUUCCAAUAUGGUGGGGUCACAGAAUCUCAUAAAACCGUGACCACGGACACAGUGAUAUUGAACUCAAAGGACCCAACAGGACCCUUUUCAUCAGGAUUUUCUGGUGAAUCCCCUCUCGCUUCUACUUCAGAGUUUGUGAAAGAGUCGUGGUUAUGGGGGCUAGAGCUCGUCCGAAACGUGACGUCUGUUGAUCCUGAUGUUUCAACAGGGACUGAGUCGGACAAUGUCAUCAGUCGGAUGGAGGACUUGUCAAAAUUUACGGAGGGGAUUGCUGACGAUUUCAUGUUUGCAGGACAAAUUCUCGGCUCAGUUGUCCUGUUCUUUGCAGCAGUUAUUAUGUUCAUGCUGGCGACUGAUAAUUUAAUAAAGCUCUACUCUUACCUCUUGUCCUUCACAACGCUAUAUCUGUCAUACGUGAUCCCAUCUUAUCUACUAAGCACCAAUCUUAGUGAUAUAUUAUGCUUAUCUGUGAACCUUACUUUUCGGACUGUUCUCGCGGCAGUAUUUUUUGCCUGCAAAUCGUGGUCAAGCAUGCAUAUGUCCCCCGAAAAUCGGAUGCAUGCAUUAUUGGACCCAGUUCUGCUCUCCCUCUUUUUUGUGACUGGAUUCGGACAUAUACCGCUUGUGAUUUUUGUCCCACUUGUGAUUUCACUUCAUUACUCACUGAUCAAGUCGCUACCCAAGCUGUACAGUUUUUUGAUACUUUCUUGGGGAGAAACGAAGAGGGUACAAAAUGAGUAUGGAUUAUCACAUUUGAUUCAAGUCGAAUCUGGAAGAUUGCGGAUCAAUACCGUUUUUCGUCUCUUCUGGAUGACCAGAGCUGCUUACGAUGCAUUUUUCCGCUGCUGUGAUGAACCAUUGAGUUUAAUCAUUCGAAAUGUAAUGGUUCAUGGAACGGAGACAUUCACGGGAAUCGUUGGAUUGACUGUGACAGUUGCAGCUGUUUGUCAUCAAAUUGGAGAUUUCUUGCUUUGGCUGCUCUAUUUUGGGAACAAUAAUGAGGUAGACCUCAAUAGAUUUGGAUCUAUUUCCACCGUCUUAUUCUUCAUUUUAAGUCUGCAAUCCGGAUUGACAUCACUAGAUCCUGAAAAACGACUUGAUAGACUCUUAAAAAAUGUCGCACUCCUUGGAACUGCCUUAUUUCACGCUCUUCAUCAAUUGAUUGCUCCGCUACUACACGCAUUUCGAAGCUUCCAGGCCGUUCAAAUUCGGGCUGCAACAUUGUCUUGUGUGUUUUUGUGUCUUUCAUUUUGUUUAACGGUUUCAUUGCUUCGAUGGACUUCAGUUUCAACCUGGUCAUUAGCAGUGUUAGCACUGGCAAUCGAGUUUAAAAUCAAAGUCAUCAUUUCCCUUGUAAUCUCUAUGGUCGUCUACUUGUCCCAACUUGUCCAAUACCCAGACGUCGUAGAAAAAAUUGUAUCCUUCUUUAGACGAAUUCUGCCUCGUGUCGUGAUGCAUUUUUUCGACAAAAUGUAUGACCAGAUAUCACAUGAAGACAUGGUGUUUUAUUUGAAAACCGUUGCAAAUAUUGCCGAGUUUAUUACCGGAAUAUUCCUAUUUCUCAACGCUGUAUGGAUCUUCCUCUUUGAAUCAACCAGUGCAAUACGUGCUAUUGGGAUGUCAAUUCAUGCUUACUUUAAUAUAUGGUGCGAAGCUCAAAAGGGAUUCAGAAUUUAUAGUCAAAGAAAAACAGCUUCCAAAAAAAUCAUGUCCUUGAAAGAUGCUACGGAGGAUCAACUCAAAGUUCGUAAUGACGACGUCUGUUCCAUAUGCUAUGAAGGAUUCGAGUCGGCAAAAGUGACCAAUUGUGGCCAUCUUUUCCACGCUGUGUGUCUUCGCAAGUGGUUAUACGUACAGAACACUUGCCCAAUGUGUCACGAAAUUCUUUAUAAGGAAGACAUCACAGAAGAAGAUAACCCUGAAGAAUUACUACAGCAAGAAGUUCCCAUUCCCCCACCCCCACGACAACAAAAUCGAGCCCACUUAGAUCGCCAUCCCGAUCACAACCAGAAUACAAGUGACAGCGAGGGUGAGUUUGAUGAUCUCAAUAAUCAGCGUCGUCGCCAUCCAGCGGGGGCCGCGAAUAAUAAUGGUGCCAAUAAUCUAAUUUACAACAAUCGAAAUAUUCGUCAACCUCGUGGGGAUCAAGCCAAUCAAUUGGUUUAUCGAGGUACUCGUGACGGGAUAGAGUUUUACGAUGAAGUUGACGGCAACGAAACUGAUGUUGAGGAUAACAAUGAUGAGCUCCACGACAUGGAGGAUGACGACUCAGAUUCCGACUCUUUUGUGGAGUUGGAAGAUUUGGAAGUAUGGAAUCGAGACUUGGAUCGUGACCGUGAGGAUAGGGACCGAGGAGAUGGGGGGAUUCAAGCAGCGAAUGGACGAGGUCUAGUCUUAUUUUUGUAGGGAAGAGUCCCAGUGAAGAUGAAGAUAGCUAGAUAAUAUCAAUGAAUUUAUUAAAUUCUUCCAUUCAAUGCCAUCAGUUCAAAUAUUUUGAGAGUAGUGGCUACUUUGUUUGUACUGCAAAUACCGUUGUCGUCUCAAUCCGCAUUUACACAUAUAUAUGCCAAUAUUAAGACUAGUACAUACAGAGUCCCUUCUUUCCUUCCUUUGUCCCCAGUCCCUCGUCAUUUAUGAAAAUAACUAGGAUAAAUGUAAUUUAUACCUUCUUUGAGUCCAUCCAGCGUAUCCAGAACUCAAUUUUUAUAGUCUGAAAUAGUCAGUGAUUCGUAUCGCCAUAAAAUAAGUUAAUUAUUUUAAUGUAAUAAUAAUGAAUAAUUAUGUAAUUUACUUGUACGUACGUACGACGACGACAUGUUACAAGAUGAGAAACAUUUGUGCACAUGUAAUCAAUCAUAAUAAUAAUAAUAUUGCUAAUGCAUAAAUACUA